AGCACUAGUGUUGGCGUCACACCUGUGUGGAACGACAAGAUGAACUCCACAAUGAUCUUCAUCCUCCUCGGUCUGGCUGCGCAGACAGGCACACUUCCACUUCAGAAGAAUUCUGCACUGAAUGAAGAAGCCACGAGAUUUAAAAGAGCCUUCUCAGAUGAGCAAAUGGCAUUGGAGGACGGGACUGCAAUGGACAAAAUCCUGGAGCUGAAUGAAUACGAGCUGAAUAGCAAUCCAGCAGGUCUCACUUUCACAGAGGGCGACAUCGCAGUCUCAAACAAAAGAAGUGCCAUUACCUGUAGUGGAAACAGCUGCUUGUGGCCGAAAUCCGUCGACGGCUUUGUGUAUGUUCCGUACAUCAUAUCACCAGAGUACAACAAUAGGGACAGAAUUACAAUUGAAAUCGGAAUGCAGGAUAUUUCUACCGGCACCUGUAUCAAGUUCGUCCCACGCACGCACCAGGCCGAUUAUCUUGACAUCCAGCCGAGAUUUGGCUGCUGGUCCUACCUGGGUGUUAAUGGAGGCCCUCAGGCCCUGUCUCUUCAGUCUCCGGGCUGCAUGUGGUCUGGAAUCGCCUCUCACGAGCUGAUGCACGCUCUGGGCUUCGUCCAUGAACAGUCUCGCUCUGACAGAGACAACUACGUAACUAUACUGUGGGACAACAUUUUAAAAGAUCGCGAGUAUAAUUUUGAGAAGUACAAGACUAACAAUCUCAACACUGGAUACGACUAUGGAUCCAUUAUGCAUUAUGGAAGGUUUGCUUUCUCCGAGGAUGGUGCGCCCACAAUUAUUCCAAAACCUGAUCCACAUGUACUAAUUGGACAGAGAGAUGGCCCCAGUGCUACUGACCUCCUGAAAAUAAAUAAACUCUACAACUGUGGUGAUUAUUAACCUCUGAAAACAGGCAUGUAAUGCGAACAAGCCAACAUGGGACUGGCAUUACCUCCAUUCCAACAAGAGGACUACAAUUUGAAGAAUGUCUUCUCUGUAGAAUAGUGCUACCCUUGCAUUUGUGAAUAAAGAU